AUGCCUUUAUACUGGCCUGCAUACACUGCAGGCCUGGAAGCAGCUGGAACUCAUUCAAGCACUUUCCCCCUCCCAUUACAAUUCAUGUCUUUCAUUCAUGAAGGCUCAUCCAAAUCAGCUCCUGCAGCCAAUGUUGGCAGUACACCAAUCACACAACAAGCCCACACUGCACAUUACAGCUCUUCUGCUCCUUCUCUCAGCAAGCAGGAACUCAACACUCUCCAGGAGGUUGCUAACACAAUGUCUGAAAAUAAUAUGUAUGAGCCAUUUAGAUAUGCACAUGGUAUGAUAUUUAUGAAUACUAGCAGCAGUUCAGUGAAGGACACUUUUCCACUCAAACCAGACUUUUGUCUCUAUGAGGAGGCCACAGAGACUUCUAAAAAGAUGGAUUUCUCCACAGCAGAGCUAUGCAUAGAGCUUAAACCCCACAUGUUGUAUGAUCCCUUCAUGGAUCUUGACCUGAAUGCAAGCAAUGACCCAUUUGAAAGAGACACUGUUCAUGCCAACAAUAUGUGA